AUGUUGCUGCCCAACAUGCACUGCAGUGAUGACGUCAACGCUCUCUCCUUGGUGAUGGGGACAGAAGCUGGAGAGAUGACGUGUCACUCGUGUUCCAGGAGCUGCCUUGCCGCCUUACUGGGUGUCUUCCUGGGCCUGGAGCCGGUCCUAGGCCUGGACGCGCCACGGUCUCGGCCCAACUUUCUCCUGCUCCUGGCAGACGACCUGGGCAUCGGGGACGUCGGCUGCUAUGGCAACAGCACCAUCAGGACCCCAAACAUCGACCGACUGGCAGAAGGUGGCGUGAGGCUCACACAGCACCUGGCAGCCGAGGCCGUGUGCACGCCCAGCAGGGCCGCCUUCCUCACCGGGAGGUACCCCAUCCGCACAGGCAUGACUUCCGGUAACGGCCACCGCGUCCUCCAGUGGGCAGCAGGUGCGGGCGGCCUUCCCCCCGAGGAGAUCACGUUUGCAAAAAUCCUGAAGGAGCAAGGCUAUGUCACAGGCCUUGUCGGGAAGUGGCACCUGGGUCUCAACUGUCACAACACCUCUGACCACUGCCACCACCCACUGAGUCACGGGUUCCAGCACUUCCUGGGGCUGCCACUGGGCAUGAUGGGGGACUGCGCGGGGGCGGAGCCCUCUGAGAAGCGCAUGACACUGCAGUACCGCCUGCACCGGUGCAGCCAGGCGUCGGCGCUUGCGGCGCUCACCCUGGUUGCAGGGAAGCUCAUCCGGCUCUUCCAUGCGCCGCGGUGGGCGCUGGUCUUCACCCUGGCCGUCGUGGCCGCCGUGUUCGCCGCUGCAGCACGUCACGUGGGUGACUUCAUCGUCUAUGCCGACUGCUUCCUCAUGAGGAACCACACCGUGACCCAGCAGCCCCUGCGCCUCGAGCGGGUCACGGGCCUCAUGCUCAGGGAGGCGGAGAGCUUCCUGCAGAGGAACAAGCAUGGCCCCUUCAUGCUGCUUGUAUCCUUUCUGCACGUGCACACCCCCCUCGUGACUACCAAGGACUUCCAAGGGCGGAGCCAGCACGGGCCGUAUGGGGACAAUGUGGAGGAGAUGGACUGGAUGGUGGGGCGGAUCCUGGACACCCUGGACCAGGAAGGACUGACGAACAACACGCUCGUGUACUUUGCAUCUGACCACGGAGGCUCCCUGGAGUCUCGUGCGGGUCACGUGCAGCUUGGGGGCUGGAACGGGGUGUACAGAGGUGGCAAAGGCAUGGGUGGCUGGGAGGGCGGCAUCCGCGUCCCUGCCAUCUUUCGCUGGCCCGGCGUGCUGCCUGAGGGGCAGGUGGUGGAUGAGCCCACGAGCAUGAUGGACGUGUUCCCCACUGUUGUCCUCCUGGGGGGCGGGGCCGAGCCGACCGACAGGGUGAUUGACGGGAGGAACCUGCUGCCCUUGCUGCGAGGGGAGACCUCGCACUCGGACCACGAGUUCCUGUUGCACUACUGCGAGGUGUUCCUGCACGCUGCACGCUGGGUGCAACGUGACCGAGGAAAAGUCUGGAAGGUUCACUUCAUGACCCCCAAAUUCCACCCAGAAGGGGCAGGAGCCUGCUACGGCCGUGCCGUGUGCCCGUGCUUCGGGGACGUGACGGAACACGACCCGCCUCUGCUCUUUGACCUCUCUACGGACCCGGGUGAGGCCCACCCACUGAAGCCCGACUUGGAGCCCGAGUUCCACGCGGUGGUGGAGAAACUGAGGCAGGAAGCGGUGAAGCAGUGGAGUUCACUGAGCCAGAUCUACCAGCAACUGGGCACCAUCUACAACAUAUGGCGUCCGUGGCUGCAGCCAAGUUGUGGGGAGUUCCCGCGCUAUGGGUGUGAUCUCGAGUCCUUUGAGGUUCGGGUUCACAUUUCAGCCUUGCUGGCUCGGGCACCUGGCAGCCGCCCAUGGAACCACGCGGCCUUGUCCUGCGGGUCCCGGGCUCGGCGUGCUGAGGACCGGGUGCUGAGGACUGUGGGGUCGGGGCGUGCCUGCUCGGGCCUUGUGCAUCGGAGCCGCGCUUUCCCUCAGCGAGGGCGAAGGCGCCGCACGCACUACCGAGUCUAG